GGCUAUGAUGAUCGGAAGGGGUGGGGCGGAAAGUGCGGCUGUGAAUGGCGUCUGCGGGCCCAGCCCGGGGAUGGAGGGCGGCGAAGCGGGCGGCGGGGGACUUCUGCAGCAGAUCCUCAGCCUUCGCCUGGUGCCCCGCGUCGGCAAUGGCACCACCACCUACUCCAGCCCUCUCUCUACCUUCCCAGAGAUGUGGUACGGCGUCUUCCUGUGGGCGCUCGUGUCCUCCCUCUCCUUUCACGUUCCGGCAGCUUUGCUAGCGCUCUUCACGCUCCGGCACCACAAGUACGGCAGGUUCAUGUCCGUGAGCCUCCUGCUGAUGGGCAUCGUGGGACCCAUUACCGCUGGCAUUCUCACAAGUGCUGCCAUUGCUGGAGUUUACAGAGCUGCAGGGAAAAAAAUGAUUCCCUUUGAAGCCCUCAUUUUGGGAGUGGGCCAGACAUUCUGCGUGGUGGUGGUUUCAUUUCUACGCAUUUUAGCCACUCUCUAGCUCUUCUUCAGGUACUAGAGCUCUCAGAUUAAAGGAAGAGCAAAGGAUCAGCUGCCUGUGCCACCUCUGAAACAAAUCAGAGGGAACACAACGGGAGGUGUGCCUGGGUGUGUGCUUUCUCUGCUGGAUAAAGGUAACCCAAGGGCCUGCUCCUGCUUCCAGCAUGGCUGGAAAUUAAGCUUAAAAAAAUGGUGAUUUUUGUUAUUUUUUAUAACAUUAAGUGCCAAGUGAAACUUUAUUUCCCUGGAGGAUAGGAAGCUAAAUGGCUUCUGGAGCAGAAGGCCCAUCUACCUUUUACCAGUGAUGAAUUCUAGCCACAGGAUGUAGCUAGGAGGUGACAGUAGCUGUUGUGGGCUAGAACCAGUGCUACAGAGUGAACUAAUGCUCACUUAAUGCUUUGACUUCUUGCUGCUUUGUUUGCAGUGAAUUCUUCUAAUGUGAAUUUUUAAAUGAGAAAAUGAAUUUGUUUUCUUCCUGGCUGGAAUACUAGCUCUUGCUCAUAGUGAAUUUGGAAGCAGCAAAAGGAAAAAUCAUUUUAGACAGAUGAAAUCACAGAUUUGUUGCUGAGAACUGUGACUAUGAAUGCUGCAGUGGGGGGAAUAACUGGUGUAAAAAGGAUUGCUAUCUUUGUGUAUUUUACUACAGUGAAGCCCUCCAGGCACUGUGUACCUUCUGCCUGAGAAGCAGAGCACAGCUGAUGGGGCACUACACCCCACUGCCCACACUAGGAAUCCCAGGGCGCAUGUGUGAGCACUCACUGUUGCUUCUUGGGCUCUGAAGGAGACUCGUGGUUUUAAACUUCUCCAUUCUCCUUUUACUUGCUGAUCAUGUUUACAGUGGUGUGGUGGAAUUGGGUGUGUUUGCUGACACGGAAACAUUGCUGGCCAGCUUACACAAAACUCAGCACAUUGCUUCUUAGGUGACUGCACUGGUUGGUGGUGGGUUGUUGGGAUAUGGGGCUUCCUGGGUGCAGAGGCAGCCAGCUCACAGCAUGGUGCCGAGUAGGAUUCCUGCAAGGCUCCUGGGGGGAGCUGCGGUAAUUCCAAUGUCCCAGUCCAACCCGUGCCAGCAGGCAGCGUGGUCUCUCAGAAUGAAUUGAUUUAGUUUGGUUUAAGUGACUUUUAACUAACUCUUAGAGCUGGCCUUUUGCCAGCAGACAUGCCACAUGGCUGGGGCGCUGCAGUAGGUGGCUGGAUAUUUCCUGGGAGCUUGGGUUUUGGGGUACCUUGGAGAAGGUGAGGUUGAGUGCCAAGGAUGAGGCGUUGAUGUAGCCAGUCCCAUGGCUCUGCUGUGGUCCUUUGGUUAUUGCCAUUGGUAUGGCAUGGGCUGCCAAGGGAAGGUGCGAUCUGUAUCCAGCCUUGCAGAACACAUCAGUGUUUUUGCCGAACUCCUUUGGUUUCCAAACCUGCUUGCCUGUUGUACCUGCAACUUAUCAUAAGACCAGUUAUCCUUCAUGAGCCAUGUGUCCUAUCUGCUGAAACAACCCUAAGCAGGGCACUCUGUGUAUCAUGAAGAAUAAUUUCUCUCUAUGUACUGAUUAAUUUCUCAGGAGCAGUCUACUGGCAGCCAAUGGUGAGACGUGUUUUUCAGGGGCUACUUCCUGAGAUUACCCUAAAUUUUAUCCCAUGUUAAUUCAGGAAAUAAAGCUGUGCAUUUUAGGGAAGACUUUAAUGUGAAUCCUUCUCCUUAGGUGGGUGAGGUCCAGGUGGUAUAAUGAAUUCUAAGCCCUGGAUCUCCAGAGAGCCCUAUGUGAUGGGCUGCUUGUGGAGAGCCUGUCUUCUUACUGUGUCAUCCACCCAGGGAAGGUGGGGCCUCUCCUUCCCUCUUUGCUUCUGCCCCCAAUGAAAAAACAGGACUAGUGAUCUCUCUAGAUGUCUUUUUCCCCUCCCCAUUUCAAAUGGCUGCACACACAGUGCAUGUCCAGAGUGCCUGGUUUCAUUCACAUGAGUUAUUCUGUGUUUUCCUGGGUGGAUUAGACUGGGCAGGGCUGGCCUUACCUUUCAGGUGAAGCUAGAAAUUAGUGUCGUGGGCACCUGCUGUGUUCCCCUUUCCCUCACCCCAAAGACUAAGCUGAUGGCAACUGUGAAAGCACUUUAUCAGUGUGCCAUGUGCGAUGGCACAAGGCUGGUUCCUCUGGCAUAAUGGGGCUGAAUCACACAGGGUGCAAAUCUGGGCUGUUAAGAACAAAAAUUCCGUAAUAAAAUCCCUUGGCGCUGGGUGAACUGAAACCUUCCUGGUUUCUA